AUGGACACAGAGACUGUUUUGAGUCUUAGACAGCAACUCAAGGAAGCAGAGAAUGAGCGAAGAAAGGCAGCACAAUAUGGCUUGCAUUUAUUGGAGUCUCAAAGUGAAGUUCAGAAUCAGUUGGAUCAAAUACGUCGUGAACUGACUGAGAAAACUGAGAAAUUUGAACAAGAGAAAUACUCUCUUCAGAGAGAAAUCGAACUCAAGAAUCGGAUGUUGGAAAGCUUGAGUUUUGAAUGUGACUCCCUUAAGCAACAGCAAAACGUGCAACUGGAUAAACAGAAAGAGCAGCUUGCCAGAGUCUAUGGGCAAGAAAUCUGUGACCUUAAAAACAAGAUGGAGAACCUGAAAGCAGAAUUAGAUGAAACCCGACUCUCAGAGAAACAGCUGAGACACAAAGUGGAUCACCAGCAGGAAAUAAUUGCUGCCAAAUCAGAAGAACUCCAUAUGAUGUCUGAACGUGUACAUGAGACUAUGUCUUCAGAAAUGCUCAAUCUUCAGAUAGAACUCACUGAACUAGAAAAUGUGAAGGCCAAUGUUGAAGAAAAGCUGAAUGAGCUGCAGUACAGUAAAGAGCAAUUAGAACUCAUGAACAGUAAUUUACGUCAUCAGCUGGAGCGCCUACAGGGAGAAAAAGAAGAGAGGGAGAAAGAAGUUGUUUCUUACUGUAAUGCGUUAGAGAAAGCACGUGAAGCUAAUCAGGAGCUUCAAGUUCAGCUGGAUCACGCGGUGCAGCAGUCCUUGGACCCCACAAGUAGAGGCAAUUCUCUCUUUGCUGAGGUGGAGGACCGUAGGGCAGAAAUGGAACGACAGCUGAUCAGUGUGAAAAUAAAGUAUCAGUCUCUACAAAAACAGCAUGCAUUCACUAGAGAACAAUUGCAAAGAAUGAAGCUGCAGAUGGCUACACUGCUACAGAUGAAAGGCUCUCAGGCAGAAUUUGAGCAGCUGGAACGCUUACAGUCAAUGUUAGAACAAAAGAAUGGUGAGGUGGAAGAUCUUCUUAUCAAAGUGAGGCAGUUAGAAAAAUUUAAGACUUUAUAUGAGAAUAUGGAAGAAUCCAAAGUUAGCAGCGGCUCAAAAGGAGGAGAGCCUGGAGAUGGUUACUACGCAGAUUUACUGCAAAUUAAACUUGACAACUCAAACAAGGAAACUGAAACCUUGAAGAACGAACUAUCCUUGCAGAGGAUGAAAGCCCUAUAUGAGAGCCAAAGGGUUCUGGAAGUUGAAAGGAAACUCUUCACAAAUGAGAGGCAUUUGCAAGCUUGUCAGAGUGAGAAUAUGAACUUGAGAGUUAAGCUGGAUGAACUAAAAAUGAAAUACGAACCUGAAGAAUUAGCUAAAGGCACUAGAAUUAAAAAGAGGAGGGAGAAGAUUCCUGUGGACACUACUUGUGAAUACUUAGACAGCAAAAAUACUUCAGUAAAAGAAGCUGUUAUCGUUCAGUUGCCAAGCAAAGAAACAACAAAGAUGACUUCUGAGAACUGGGAGCCAAAUGAUGCUUCUCCAAAAAAACAUACUCUUGAAGCACCACCAAGAAACAUAGAUCCUCAAGCAACACAAAAAGUAGCUGAACAUGAAAAAGAAAGAAAGAGAGUUAAGAUUAAAGAUGAGAAUCAUGAAGGCUUUACUUCAUGUAGCAGAAGUGGAAACAAUUCCUUGACUUCAGCUGCCUCCAGGUUAACAGCUGAAUCCAGAUCUGAAACUACAGAAGACGACGAUAAGAAAGAAAACAAAGUCACGACUGAGAAGAAAACACAAAAGAAAAAAUACACAACAAUGUAUGUAUCUUCUACGCCAACUUCUGAAACACAGUGUGCUCAGCAAUAA